UUUAACGCGGUUGACCAUACUGAUUCAAUGUCCGACGAUCCUGACGAUCCAAAUUAUUUAACGAAUAUCCCUAAUACUGAUAGUUUAGCUGACCCGAUUAAUUUAUCAUACACUGGCGGUACUACCUCUUCAACGAAUUUUGUUACUGAUGACCUAAUAAAUAAUUUUGAUUUUGAUGGUCCUUCCGACUCGAUGAAUUUAUCUUACAAUAGUGGAUUUGUCGGUUCAACGAACAUUACCAGUUCUGGUGAUUUAUCAUGCUCAACAAAAUUCCCUAAUGCCAAGUACCGUGCCAACUCUUCGAAUAUGCCAGCAGUUCCUGAAGUAUCCAUUAUCGUUGACAACGACAUUGAUUCAAUAGGUGCUCAAUCAGACGAUUCUGUCUCAGAUGAUGAGUUUAUGCCGUUCAAUGAACAUGAAGCUAAAGAUUGUCUUGUGGUAAUUAAACCUAAUCCUCUCAUCUCAUCAAAUAAGGCUGCAGCUAGCUCGUCUUCAAAUACGCGCGGUUAUAGCAAUAAAACAUCGGCAGUAAAUUUUACACCGAUACGACAGCUCCCAUCAAGUGCACCAUCAUCAUACGCAUCACAACAUUCAAUAGCACCCGAUGUUUCUUGCACGAGCACUUUACCUCAAAAAGAGAGUAGUAAUUCGGUUAUAGGCUCAGUAAAUCAAAGAAUGGAAUCAAUGUGGUCCUCAGCUAUUAUUAAUUCAAAGGGUGACUCAACCAGAUCAUCCUUUACAAGAACAAUUUCUCAACCAUAUAUUUUCCGAACGAUGAUUACUACAACUUGUCAGCACAACGGUGCAAACCGUUCAUCAUCAGCAGCACGACCAACUUCCAAUACGGCUGCUAAUAUAUCAACGGUAGGCGUGAAUCCGAUACCAGAUUCUUUCGUCAAAUCACCGGUUGAUCCUCCGUCUAACUUUUCGGUUGGUGAUUCCUCGUGCGACCACAAAUCUGGAGACGAAACACAAAUUACGGGAGGUCAUACCUAUAGUAAUUCUACAUAUUCGUAUGGUUCCUCAAAUAUUGACACACAUCAGUUUACAUCGAAUCAAGAUAGUUCAUGGGGAGGGGUUGAUGUAGCCGCGACACCAGAGAUUAGGGUUGUUUCGUGGAUCUCAACUAUCCGAAGAAGUAAUAAUACGCCAGCCAACACCACGUAUUUCAGUCAAAACCUUUCGUUACCGUCAAAUUAUUGUAGAACCGAUAGUUCUCGAUCUGCCUCCACAAGCAACGAGAGAAUGUCAAUCGCUUACCUUUGUGGCAAUGAGGUACUCGAUGUAAAUAUUACGAGAGCUCCCUCGCAUCUAUCUUCAUCUCAUGAAAUCACCCGGCGUUGUCGUAUCUGUCGUGAAAAAUAUAAAACCAAGAUGCCUGACAUUAACAAGAGAUGCGCAAGAUGCACGCGACACUAUGAUUUAUUUAAAAUUGAAUGGCCUUUGCGUAAACUUCCGCCUCAGAAAGGGAAAGCUAAGGACAAUAAGAAUGGUAAAACUCGAACGGAAUCGAUAAAUUUGAAUCGAGUACAAAAAAACGGAACCUCGAGCAAUAAAGCAAAGGGGAAACAACCAUCAAAACCGAGAUCACGCAGUCGAGCAGCCGCCGAGAAUUCCUUUCCUGAACCGUCUGGCGAGUGGGCACCGCAUCCCCACCAAGAUUACACCGUGAUAACAAAACGGUACAACAAAUACGUAGAUAAUGUUUGCAUCCCCAGUGCCGCCUACGAAUACGAAUGGCGGGGCGAGACCAUCCGAUGGGACGCGAACACUGGGUACGUCCACAUGAAUCCUCUGAAACGUCUCUUUGAUAAUCCAAGCCUACGCUUGGAGAAACUCCGUUGCUUCCGGCCUGAUUGGAAUAGUGAGAAACUUGUGAUUGUCGGAGGAAAUAUUAAGUACCAGGGUACAUGGUAUCCUUUCGAUCAUGCCAAGCGAGUCGUUGAAGAAGUCGUUGGAGUAAACAUUCCGGGGUUCCAUCCUGUAUUUGGUUUUUCGGAUCGGGGUAUUUUGGCGUCAUCCUCGAGUAAAAAGAAGCGUGACACCGAAGAUGCUGAAGAUCGCGAAGCAGAGAGCUCUAAAAAGCUUCGUGUUUGA